GCUGCCGGCCCCGCGGGAAGAGCGCGGCCCCGCCGCGGGCUCCGUGGCGCUGCCCCGCAGCAGCACCGAGAUGGCUCAGGAGACAAACCAGACCCCAGGGCCCAUGCUCUGUAGUACAGGAUGUGGAUUCUAUGGAAAUCCUAGGACAAAUGGGAUGUGUUCUGUUUGUUACAAAGAACAUCUUCAGCGACAGCAGAAUAGUGGCAGAAUCAGCCCAAUGGGAACAACCAGUGGUUCAAAUAGUCCUACCUCAGACUCUGCAUCUGUACAAAGAGCAGACAGUAGCUUAAACAACUGUGAAGGUGCUGCUGGCAGCACAUCUGAAAAGUCAAGAAAUGUGCCUGUUGCCGCCUUGCCUGUAACGCAGCAAAUGACAGAAAUGAGCAUUUCAAGAGAGGAAAAAAUAACACCGAAAACAGAGACUGAACCAGUUGUUACUCAACCAAGCCCAUCAGUUUCUCAACCUAGUACUUCACAGAAUGAAGAGAGAGCCCCUGAGCUGCCCAAACCAAAGAAGAACAGAUGUUUCAUGUGCAGAAAGAAGGUUGGCCUUACAGGAUUUGACUGCCGAUGUGGAAACUUGUUUUGUGGACUUCACCGUUAUUCCGACAAGCAUAACUGCCCGUAUGAUUACAAAGCAGAAGCUGCAGCAAAAAUCAGGAAAGAGAACCCAGUUGUGGUGGCUGAAAAAAUCCAGAGAAUAUAAACUAACCUACUUGUGAAAAGACUGACUUUCUUUGUUUUAUUUUAAUAUAUCCUAGGAAAACAUUAAAGAGCAGAUGCAUGGCCAUUUUCCUUUGAUGUUCUCCAAAGUUUUACUUUUAGUCUUGUCUGUCUUAAUGAUAUUUCAGAAUGUUUGGGUGUUUGUUACAGGCAGAAUUGGAUAGAUACAGCCCUUGAAAAUGUAUAUGCCCUCCCCAAAAUAUAAUUGAAUGAUGAGAAUGUGCACGGGAAUACACAUGCACAGAGGACAUACUCUAGUUCACAUGUGCCAAACAGAUGUAUACUAUCUGCAUGCUUGCAGCACAUCUGCCUUUUGAGGUGUGUUUGAAGCGUAUAAUCCUUGGCUAGUGCCUGUUGGGGRGAAGGACACAUCAGAAAGGUUGGCAGUCGACUUCUGUCAUUUAAAAACUCAUUCCGAUUUUAGUUUCCACACUCUGUUGUUUUCCAGCAGAAUGUCGGCUAUGUAGACGAGUCCAUUUUCCACGGAGAUGAGUGUUGGUGCCAUAUUUAAAGAAGAUUUUCUUAACAAUUUUAGUGGGAGAAGUGGAAAAAAAGGGGCAUAUUUGGGAAGAAAACUAUUUUGGAACCAAUUAAUUAACUUGAGAAUCAUGAAAUUGGGUUCCUGAAGGAAAAAUGUUGUAAGAAACUUAUGAACUGGCCUGCAACUGAAUUGCCUGCUUUUCCUUGCAUAGCUAAAAAUGUUGAGUAGCACAGUAUUUUACGAUUGGUUUACAAAACAGAGGCUAUAUCUCUCUUUAGACAUAGUACAGCAGCUCAAGCAACACACAUGCAUCUGAGUAAAUUAGAGAAGCAUUUGGACAGUUUAUUUUUCAUAUACUACUUAUGUUUGAUGUAUCUGGGCUCAAAAAUAUUAAGAGCUCUUUUUUCUUUCUAUUUUUAACAAUUGCACCAUUAUGCAUGGAAAGCCAUACCCAACAUGGCUGCUGUAGACUUAAGUGGUAGCUGGAACCACUCUUGGAGGGCUGCUUUAUCAUUUUUAAUUGUAAUUGGGUGUAGGACUGUAGUGUUCUUGGGUGUAUUGCAUGGGCUGCAUUAUCUACAGCAUUGUACAAUAACAACUCUAGAAAAGGCAGUAAACUUCACUGGCGCUUGUCUGGUAAUAUCACUUCUGUGUUAUAAUGGAAGGUUUUUUGUGAUGUAUGAAACUUGUGUUUUUUUAUAUAAGCAAGUACGGUUUAGACUAGUGUUGUGGUAAUGCCUGUUGUCAUCUGUAAAUAGCUAUGUAUGUACACAAGGCGCUACUUCUGAUUUUUUCUGCAGUGUUCAGUCUUAGUUUUUACUUCACUAUUAAAAGCAUCAUGUUUUUGCUUUAACUUUGUUCUCUCAAUUGAGUUAUUAGAUAUGCAAACAUGUACAGAUAGUUCAUAUUUAUGUAUUGCACAUAAUCAUGCUACCCAGCAACAAUGCUAUAUUGUAUUAUGUAAAUAAUAAAAAUCAUGUACAGAGGGGAAUACUUCCUUUUGUGAUAGUUCAUUGGUUUUAGUUAUUGCUGUAACUUGAAGUUGGCCUUGUGAGAUUGGGCUGCAGAGCUAAGCACUAGUUUUGCAUAGAUGUUGUCUUUUUGCUUCAACCUGCCUGUUUCUCGUCUUUGUUUCUUGUUGUGACAUACCAUCUUGUCUAAGGUGGCCUGUUGAGGUCAGAGAAGCAUGAACAGCUGGAAUACAGAUAUCCACUUGAUGACCAGACAAAAAGGUCAGGAGCAACAACAUGUUCAGAGGGAAUACAGGAAAGCACGAGCAGUGGACUUUAAAAGGCUUUUUUUUUCCUCCUUUUGYCUACAAACGUUGUUUCCAGAGGAUCUGUUAUGAUAGAGUGACUGCGUUGCUCUGUGCAGAUCUUCAUCAGCAGAUGGCCAGAGUUCUUGUUGGGGUCUGUAUCUAAAUUUGGAUGUUAAAUAUGCCAGACCUACCUUCCCAAUGGCAAAGAAAAGUACAGAGCACACAGCGUAUGUUCACUUGGAAGAAGCUAUCUUCACUGCUGGAUAAAAUAUCCAUUUCUGGUAAAAGAGGCUUUUAUGAAGUGCAUCCCACCAGUCAGCUGAAACGAAUACUCAAGUAGUAAUUUACUGCUCCUACUGCUACAUAUACUUCCAAUAAAGGGAAGAAGGGAUGCUCUGGGCCUUCAUUUGACAGAAUAAAUUUUAUGACUUUUAAGAGGGACUGCUUCGAAGCACUGUGUCUUUUCACGCUUAGUGCUAAAGCAAGAUGAACUGCUCAACUGCAGGAUAAAAGGCUUUUCUCUUUUGGAUCUGAGAAUGCUUUGGACCAGGAUAUUUAAGGAAAUGUUUCCAUAUUCAUGAUAUUGUUACGGCUAGUGUACUUGAGGAGCUCUGCUGGUACCAGUGAUUCUGAUGUGCUCUUUUGUUAAUCUGCUUUUGCAUCUAAAAGUCUGUUCUUGAGAAACCUUGUUGAAGCAGCUGAACUCAGUAGAUCUGUGGAGGAGAACGUGGAAUGAGAAAUUCCUGCUUGGUCUGUGUGACCCUAAGUUUUGUCUCAUGUGCGAGUUGCUCACAGCUGGGAUAUGAGCUUGUAGCCCCAACCAGGUGUCUAAGCUCUGCUGUGCUCUGUGUUUGUGAUUCGGGUAGGCUGUGCAGCCAUUCAGGAGCCCUACSUGGGGCUCAUUGAGAAUUCAAGGAGAAAGGAGGAUUUUUGAUAAGAGCAGGAAAUGAAAACAUGUGAUAAAUGAUGUGAUAAAUUAACCCUGGUGCAAACACUGCAGUGCAUCUUUGUUGGCAAAGGGGGUAAGAAUAUAGGUGCAGAGCUCUUAAUUCUCUCCACCGCUACCUAAUUAUAACCUUGGAGGUGGAUAUAGACUCUUAAAUGACUGAUGCCCACUGUACUGCCAGUCACAGUCAGUCUGGGUGCAUUAUCAGAAGUAGCAUUGAAAUGCUCUGAGGAAAAGAGGAUUACAAAGUUUGUCUUCUGUAACGUUUAAGCACAAGCCAUUCAUAAAGCUGCUGUGGAGGGGCUGUCCUUGGCCUCUUGAUGUGAAGUGACAAAUGGCUCCAGACAGUAUGCUGUUUUCUUUUCCAGGAAAGAAACGUGAUCACUUCA